AUGUCGACCAUCCUUGGAGAAACACAGGAGGAGGAGGAUGAGAUCCUGCCAAGGAAAGACUAUGAGAGUUUGGAUUAUGAUCGCUGUAUCAAUGACCCUUACCUGGAAGUUUUGGAGACCAUGGAUAAUAAGAAAGGUCGCAGGUAUGAGGCGGUGAAGUGGAUGAUGAUGUUUGCCAUUGGAGUCUGCACGGGUUUGGUGGGUCUCUUCGUGGACUUCUUUGUGCGCCUCUUCACGCAGCUCAAGUUUGGAGUGGUGCAGACAUCGGUGGAGGAGUGCAGCCAGAAAGGGUGCCUCGCCUUGUCCCUCCUUGAACUCCUGGGUUUCAACUUGACCUUUGUCUUCUUAGGGAGUCUUCUUGUCCUAAUUGAGCCAGUGGCAGCGGGUUCUGGAAUACCCGAGAUCAAGUGCUAUCUGAAUGGGGUGAAGGUGCCCGGAAUCGUCCGUCUCCGGACCCUGGUCUGCAAAGUCUUCGGGGUGCUGUUCAGUGUGGCUGGAGGGCUCUUUGUGGGGAAGGAAGGCCCCAUGAUCCACAGUGGAGCCGUGGUGGGCGCUGGCCUCCCGCAGUUUCAGAGCAUCUCCUUCCAGAAGAUCCAGUUUAACUUCCCCUAUUUCCGAAGUGACAGAGACAAGCGGGACUUUGUAUCAGCAGGUGCAGCUGCUGGCGUCGCUGCAGCCUUCGGGGCUCCCAUCGGGGGGACCCUGUUCAGCCUGGAGGAGGGCUCGUCCUUCUGGAACCAAGGGCUCACGUGGAAAGUGCUCUUCUGCUCCAUGUCUGCCACCUUCACCCUCAACUUCUUUCGUUCUGGGAUUCAGUUUGGAAGUUGGGGCUCCUUCCAGCUCCCUGGAUUGCUGAACUUCGGCGAGUUCAAGUGCUCUGACUCUGAUAAAAAAUGUCACCUCUGGACAGCUGUGGAUUUGGGUUUCUUCGUCCUGAUGGGGGUCAUUGGGGGCCUCCUGGGAGCCACAUUCAACUGUCUGAACAAGAGGCUUGCAAAGUACCGGAUGCGAAACGUGCACCCGAAGCCUAAGCUCGUCAGAGUCUUAGAGAGCCUCCUGGUAUCUCUGGUAACCACCGUGGUGGUGUUUGUGGCCUCGAUGGUGUUAGGAGAAUGCCGACAGAUGUCUUCAAGUCAAAUCGGGAAUGACUCGCUCCUGCUCCAGGUCACAUCAGAAGAUGUGAAUUCAAGUAUCAAGACCUUUUUUUGUCCCAAUGAGACCUACAAUGACAUGGCCACCCUCUUCUUCAAUCCCCAGGAGUCUGCUAUCCUUCAGCUCUUCCACCAGGAUGGUACCUUCAGCCCCAUCACUUUGGCUUUGUUCUUCAUCCUUUAUUUCUUGCUUGCGUGUUGGACUUACGGCAUUUCUGUUCCAAGUGGCCUCUUUGUGCCUUCUCUGCUGUGUGGAGCUGCUUUUGGACGUUUAGUUGCCAAUGUCCUCAAAAGCUACAUUGGAUUGGGCCAUGUCUAUUCGGGGACCUUUGCCCUGAUUGGUGCCGCGGCUUUCCUGGGCGGGGUCGUCCGUAUGACCAUCAGUCUCACGGUCAUCCUGAUUGAAUCCACCAAUGAGAUCACUUAUGGGCUUCCCAUUAUGAUCACUCUGAUGGUGGCCAAGUGGACAGGGGACUUUUUCAAUAAGGGCAUUUACGACAUCCACGUGGGCCUGCGAGGAGUGCCGCUUCUGGAGUGGGAGACAGAGGCGGAAAUGGACAGACUGAGAGCCAGUGACAUCAUGGAGCCCAACCUGACCUACGUCUACCCGCAUACCCGCAUCCAGUCUCUCGUCAGCAUCCUACGCACCACUGUCCACCACGCCUUCCCCGUGGUCACCGAGAACCGGGGCAACGAGAAGGAGUUCAUGAAGGGCAACCAGCUCAUCAGUAACAACAUCAAGUUCAAGAAGUCCAGCAUCCUCACCCGAGCCGGCGAGCAGCGCAGGCGCAGCCAGUCCAUGAAGUCCUACCCGUCGAGUGAGCUGCGGAACGUGUGUGACGAGCACGUGACCUCCGAGGAGCCGGCCGAGAAGGAGGACCUCCUGCAGCAGAUGCUCGAGCGGAGAUACACUCCCUACCCCAACCUAUACCCUGACCAGUCCCCAAGUGAAGACUGGACCAUGGAGGAACGCUUCCGCCCUCUGACCUUCCACGGCCUGAUCCUGCGGUCGCAACUUGUCACCCUGCUCGUCCGAGGAGUUUGCUAUUCUGAAAGCCAGUCGAGCGCCAGCCAGCCGCGCCUUUCCUACGCGGAGAUGGCCGAGGAUUACCCACGGUACCCUGACAUCCACGACCUGGACCUGACGGUUGUCUUUCCUCCGCAGGACGUCACCCCGUACAUGAACCCGUCACCCUUCACCGUGUCACCGAACAGCAGCGUCUCCCAAGUUUUCAACCUGUUCAGAACAAUGGGGCUGCGGCACUUGCCGGUGGUGAAUGCCGUGGGAGAGAUCGUUGGGAUCAUCACCCGACACAACCUGACGUACGAAUUCCUGCAGGCCCGGCUGCGGCAGCACUACCAGACCAUCUGAGGCUCGCCCCAUCCACAGGCCAGCGCCCUCCGGCCUCCGGGGAGGCAGCUCUGCUCCGCCUUGGUUGGCGGGGCUGCCCCAGGGCACGGCAGAGCCCCUUACCCCUCGCUCGGAAAGCCUGCACUCAUCGAACGCUUGCUGGUCUAGAUCCUGGGGAUGGUUUGACCCGUCAGAGUUUGGACUUGUCUGACUUUCUCAGCAAGUAUCUUCCUGUUUCCUGCUCCCCGAGCUCCUUCCAUCCAGGUCGGCACAGGCCCCAGCCCCUGCCCCAGGAAUGCUAGGACCUGAGGGAGGGGUCAGGCCUCACCGCUGGAGAGUGACCCCCAGAGCAGGUUCCUGCCCCUCUGCUGCUUUCCUGGGGGACCCAGCUCUGCCUUAAGCCACGAGGGAGGGAUGUGGCCUCAGCAAACCCCGGGGAAGCGCCAGUUGCAGAGUGAAGGGACUUUACUGGCUCGGGAGCUGGGCACUGA